UUCCUCAGUUGGUGUUUUGGGGGAUGUGGGUGGAGAAGGGUCACAGUCCUCACUGAGUGAGACCCCCCUGCUCCCUGCCCCUGUCCUCUCUGAGCUCCAGCAUGGUGUGUCUGCGGUUCCCCAGAGGCUCCUGGAUGGCCGCUCUGAUGGUGAUGCUGAUGGCACUGAGCCCUCCCCUGGCUCAGGCCAGGGACACACCACCAAAUUUCCUGUAUCAGGCUAAGAUCGAGUGUCAUUUCUCCAACGGGACAGAGCGGGUGCGGUUCCUGGACAGAUACUUCUACAACGGGCAGGAGUACGUGCGCUUCGACAGCGACGUGGGGGAGUUCCGCGCGGUGACCGAGCUGGGGCGGCCAAUCGCCAAGUACUGGAACAGCCAGGAGGGCAUCCUGGAGCGGGAGCGGGCCUAUGUGGACACGUUCUGCAGACACAACUACGGGGUGUUUGAGGGAUUCCUGGUGCAGCGGAAAACUGAGCCCACAGUGACCGUGUAUCCUGCAAAGACCCAGCGCCUGCAGCACCACAACCUCCUGGUCUGCUCUGUGAACGGCUUCUAUCCGGGCUCCAUUGAGGUCCGCUGGCUGCGCAACGGCCAGGAAGAGGAGGCCGGGGUGGUGUCCACGGGCCUGAUCCGGAACGGGGACUGGACCUUCCAGACCCUGGUGAUGCUGGAGACAGUUCCCUGGACCGGGGAGGUCUACACCUGCCAAGUGCGGCACCCCAGCAGCACCAGUCCUGUCACCGUGGAAUGGAGGGCCCAGUCUGGAUCCGCACAGAGCAAGGUGCUGAGUGGAGCCGGGGGCUUCGUGCUGGGGCUGCUCUUCCUCGGGGUGGGGCUGCUCAUCUACUUCAGGGCUCAGAAAGGACACUCUGGACUUCAGCCCACAGGACUCCUGAGCUGAGGUGGCCAUGGCGACAGGGGCAGGAGAGAACCUUCUGUCUGGCCCCUUCGCAGCCUGAAGAGGUUUCCUGCUGGGCUCUCACUCCACAAGGAGAGCCGCCUCAGGCUCUGGCUGGGUCCUGGCUCCUGACCUGCAGCCUCUCCUCCCUGCUGGUUCCUCCCCGCCCUGGACCUGGAAGACCCAGUGCUGACUGCAGACCCUUAUCACCAUCCCUCCCUGUCCCUGUGUGUUCACCUCUCGCUGUCUGCUGAGCACCUCAGCUCACCUCUACCCACAUUUCUUCAUAAAAUGUUCCUCAAUUAAAUAUGGAGUGAAAUCA